AUGUUCCGUCCAACCUCUUUCUUCGCGCUUGGCGCUCUAUUGUUCCUCGCACUCCUCGAUCAGGCUACAGCUGUCACAGCGGGCUGUGGCAAGGCGCCAAGGCUGACCAACGGCGUCCAGAGGGUUACGGUGAACGGCAAGCAACGUCAGUGGACGUUGCGAAUCCCCAACAACUACGACAACUCCCACCCAUACAAGUUCAUCUUCGGUCUCCAUUGGCUCAAUGGCGACAUGACAUCCGUUUCGGGCGGUAACGCGCCAUACUACGGCCUUGCGGCUUUGGCAAACGAGACUGCCAUCUUCGUCGCACCCGAUGGUAUCAACAAGGGGUGGGGAAACACGAACGGCGAAGACAUCACCUUCCUCGACACGGUCCGAAAGGCAGUUGAGGAUGAUCUAUGCGUGGACGAGACGCAACGUUUCUCUCUCGGUUUUUCCUACGGUGGCGCUAUGAGCUUCAGUCUGGCCUGCAGUCGUGCAAACGAGUACCGCGCCAUCGCCGUCCUCUCUGGUGCAACUCUUUCAGGCUGCAAUGGCGGAAACACACCCAUUGCGUACUACGGCCAGCACGGCGUUAAGGACAGCGUCCUACCCAUCGCCAUGGGAAGAGAGAUCAGGGACCGUUUCGUGAGGCUGAACGGAUGCCAACAGAAGAAUGCACCAGAGCCCGCCAGAAACAGCAGACAGCGCAUCAAGACGGUGUACGAUGGGUGCAAGUACCCGACGCAGUACACUGCUUUCGACGGUGACCAUGUUGCGCUUCCUGGAGAUGCGGGUAACGAUGUUGGACCACAGAGCUUCACGCCCAAGGAGGUUUGGAGCUUCUUUUCUCAAUUCUGA